GGAUCCCACCGACCGAAAUUAAAUGGGAAAUCGUGCCGGUAAACGCGCUUCUUCCAUUUUCAAAUAUUUUUAUUUUCCUUCUUCUUUCAAAUUUCUUUCCAUUAUUAUUAGUAUUAUCAAUCAAUUAUCAUCAUCAUAGGGAUAUACCCCACAACACCCCAUGUGACUCUGCCAGGCGGGCAAAUUUUACACACAGUCACACACUCGCGUUACUUUCACUCUCUCUCCCCCACCGACUGCUCCACUUCCCCCAUUUAUAUCAACCUCAACCCCUCCUUCACUUUUUCUUCAUCGUCUCUUCAAAUCCUGCCAAAUUUUAGUAGAAGAAGUAGAAAGAAGAAGAAAGAAAUCGAUGGCGAAAUUCGUAGUGUUGUUUGCUCUCUUGGUGGCUACCGUUUCAGCCAUUGCUUCCGCCGAUGUUACUUCUGCCGGUCCUCCUUUUUACGUCAAGGGAAGUGUUUUCGCUGACCAAUGCCGUGUGGCAUACGAGGUGUAUGAUAAAUCUAAGCCAUCUGGUUUAGACCAUUUGUCCGAUGUCGAAGUGGAACUUAAGUGCACCAGUGGAGGCCAGGUAACCUAUUCCAAGGGAACCAAGACAGACUCCAAGGGUGAUUUCCUCAUUGAAGUUGAACGCGACUGUGGCGAUGAGAUUUGCAAAGUCUCCCUUGUGAGCAGCCCUGACUCAGAUUAUCAGGAUAAAUGCGAAGGCCGUGACAGCUGCCAUGUUACAAUCACCAGCAACAGUGGCAUUGUCGACAAACUUCGACAUUGCAAUGCCCUCUGUUACUCCCGCAAAACUCCUGAGUCUGGCUGCCCGCAACUCCUCCAGCAGUACCAGGGUCUUGAUGAGUCCAACUAGAUAAUGUUUUAUUCCCUCUCAUUGUUAGGACUAAUGUUGAUGAUUUGUUCUUCCUUUUCGGAUGGAUGAUGCGAUGUUUUUGUUUGUUUCUUUUCCAUUGUUUUCUUGCCAGGACUGAGGUGAUUUUGUGUCACUGGUGUUUUUAACUCUGUUACUACAAUUAAUUUAAUGAUUUAUAUAUGAGUUAUAUUAUAGUAUCUGGUCACGCCUUGUGGCCUUGUAUUGUCAUUGAAUCUUAUGAAGAAAUGCAUUCAACGAGCAUCGAGCUUAGAUUAUGUACUUUGUAGUGUUUAAUUAUCACUGGGAACGCUUUCUCGUAAUCUAGAUAUGUUAUGAAACCUUCUUGUCUUUGAG